CGUUUCUGGGGAUCUCCAAUAGAUUCUGUACCACGAUUUACCGCUUCAGCUCGCGAUUUUCAGAGCUUUCGCUAAGCUUUACUUGUUUUUUUUUGUCGCUUGCUGUCGGUGCAUAUAUUAUAUAAAAGAUAUAAGAGUCCCGGACUCCCGCAUGCGACUCCGCUGUCUUUACCUGUCAGCGGCUCUGAUCUCCGUUAUUUUGAUGUCGACUUUACGGAGCUACACCUUCAAUUAAUCAGAUUAUUCUUGAUCUUUGAUUGCAUUUACUCCAUUCAGGGUUUAUAUCUCAGAUCUAUUCCCGUCCGGAGUGCGAACCCCUACACGAUGGGUUCUUUUCGCACUCGAACAAUGCAAUCGAUCUCACGGAACCUCUCUUAGACAAUCGCUUUGUUCUUCUUCCUGAUUUCUUGAAUCUAUCUGGCUGCAGCAGCCAGGUGCGACGGCAAAAUGGAUGACCGCAGGCCCGAGGUGCUGGUCGUGUCGAUUAUCUUCUUCGUCAUCGCGACCGUUUUUGUCGUGUUUCGCUUCAUAUCGAGGAUUUUUGUCGUGCGCAAGGUUGGGAUUCAUGAUUAUUUUAUGCUCUUGGCUUGGUUUAUCGACUUCGGCUUCUCCUUUUCGCUGUUCUAUGCGACGCACAAAGGCCUCGGGUUGCACGACUAUGAUAUCAAUCCCCACGAUCGAGCCAGUCUGAAUCAGGCCAAUUAUGUCUUUACCGUGCUUUACAAUCCCGCCCUGAUGGCCGUUAAAACAUCUAUCCUCGUCUUCUACCUGACCCUGACCAAAGGCGAAUUGGUCUACCGCUGGGCAAACUACGUGACUCUCUUCGUCGUCAACGCUGCCGGACUGGCCCUGACCCUCGUCAACGUCUUCCAAUGCCAUCCAGUCGGCGCUGCCGUGUCGUACCCGUUACCGCCGAAUGCGCAAUGCACCGACAUCGUCACCCUGUAUCUCUGCUCGUCGCCGGUGAAUAUCAUUACCGAUCUGGCAAUUCUGUUGCUCCCCAUGCCUAUCUUGACGAAGAUGCGUUUGCCGCGGAAACAGAAAAUUAUUCUGGUUGUCACGUUUAGUUUUGGUUUCUUUGUCGCGGUUGUGGAUGUCAUUCGCAUUGCGUAUUUGCAGAAUGCGGCGACGUCGCGGCAGAUUGCGCUGCAGGAAUUGCAUCUUCAGGAUUCAGAUAAUGGUGAUGAUCUUAGCUGGUACGCGUCGUUGUCCUUUAUGUGGUCUGUCAUCGAAGUCAACGUGUCAAUUAUGUGCGCAUGCGUCCCGAGCCUGAAACCGCUGGUCGCGCGUAUUAUUCCCAAGCUCAUCAGGGAUACCGAUGAAGGCUCGUGCAACACUGCCGAUGGCCGAUUCCCUGGUUCUUUCGAUUUGCCGAAUGGCAUGCCCCCGAUGGCACAAGGAGCAAUCGACACUUCGCAGGAGAACAACGGCAACAAAACAUCGCAAUCGGCAAGUCAAAGCAGCGAAAUCGAUCCCCAGAGAAACACAAGCGCCUCCCCAAUCGAUAUGGUGGAAUUCCUAAGUACACCCAAUAUAGCGGCUCCUCAAGACGUGGAAGCCAAUACAACCCUAACGAGCACAUCUUAUAUGGGCAGCAUUACGUUUUUCGACUUUGUUAAUAUGAAGAAACCGACGAGUAUGCUUAAGUUGAAUAACAAGGAAUCCAUCGCCCCGAUCGCGCUUACUACGAUUCUAUUUUUCCUAUGGGGAUUCGCAUACGGCCUGCUGGAUACGUUGAACAUGCAAUUCCAGGAAAUUGUCCAGCUUGAUGCAUGGCGCUCACUAGCGCUGUACGCCGUCUACUUUGGCGGAUACCUAAUCGGUCCACUAUUCAUCGGCGGAACGGUCCUUAAACGCUGGGGCUUCAAAUCAACCUUCAUCACGGGCCUGUGCAUCUACGCCUGCGGAACUCUCAUCUUCUGGCCCUCGGCCGUGCUCUCCUCCUACGCCGCCUUCGCCGUUUCCAACUUCAUCGUAGGCGUCGGCCUCGCGGUCCUCGAAACCGCCGCUAACCCUUUCAUCGCGCUCUGCGGACCGCUCGAAAACUCCGAAGUCCGCCUCAACAUCUCCCAAGGUGUACAAGCAAUCGGCAGCGUGAUCUCCCCGCUGCUCGCCAAAAAAGUCCUUUUCAAAAGCGUCACCGACGUUUCUUCCUUGGUUGACGUGCAAUGGACAUACCUCGGCAUCGCCCUCUUCGACGUCCUCCUCGCUGUAGCCUUCUACUAUCUCCCCGUUCCCGAAGCUUCGGACGAAGAAUUAGAAGAGCUAGCCAACCACCGCCGCGACGACAACAUGACCAAACUCUUCGGCAUCCCUGUCGUCUGGCUCACACUGGGCCUAGGCAUUUUCUCCAUGUUCUUCUACGUCGCCGCCCAGGAAGUCCUCUCAAAAAGUUUCGAAGCAUAUGUCAAACACUCAAAUUCCCCGCUUUCAGCGUUCGACUCGUUAACCCUGGGCCGCGCACUCUUCGCUAUAGGCCGCUUCCUCGCAGCCCUGCUGCAACUCUUCCUCAAACCCCGCUGGAUUCUUCUCCUUUCCUACCUAGGCAUGAUCAUCUUCAGCAUCCUAGCGAUGAAAAUACAACACAACGGCCCGGCCUCCCUAGCCAUGGGCCUACUAAUCUACUUAUUCGAAUCCGGCGCCUUCAGCAUAAUCUUCUCCAUCGCCCUCCGCGGCACAGCUCGACAUACCAAAUCCGCCGCCGUUGCGCUAACAGUCGCCAUCUGCGCAGGCGGGAUAUUCACUUUCGCCCAACACGCAGCUCGACUGUCCUCCUAUGACAACGACGCAAAUGGCGGGUUUGACUCGUACGGUAUAUUAGUGGCACUAUAUGCCAUUGGCGCAGUCUUCCCCGUGUAUCUGAAUUUCUUCGGCGCCGUAAAGAAACAAGUCGACCCUGUUCCUGGGGAGUAUCUUCGCCGCCCGAGAAGACGGAGUAGGGCGUUGCCGCCGACGCCGGAGUUGGGGCCUAUGUCGGGGGUGGAGGGGGUGCUGGCGGAGGUGCCAGUUGAUGGGACGAGAUAAUCUUUUUUUUUUCUUUUUUUUUUUUUCGACUUUGGCUAUGGUUAUGCUACCAAGCUAUGGAGUGGUUGGGUUGAGUAUGAUGGUUUGAAUUGACAUGACGAAUGAUAUGAUAUGAUGAUAUGACAGUAUAUAGUGGUUUGAUUUAUUUCUAAUAUCCCGGCGGUUGUGAUGCAUAUACCCCUUCUUUGUUGGUUUUAUUAGUUAAAGCAUAUAUAUUCGCAUAAUACAUGUACAUAGCUCAGUUUUUGGAAUUGCUUUGAAUUGAUCCUGAUU